GCGCGCGCGAGAGGAAAGAGCGUGUAUCUCAUUUGGAUUAACAGAAAUGCGUUCGUAAUUUGUCUCUGGUAAUGCACGAGCCACGGGACACGAGAAACCACCGUCUGAUCGCGAUCUAUCAAAAAACACAACAAUCAAGAGGACCGAUCUGCCCUAAUAUAAACGAGAAGGACUAUGAUCAAAGACAGUUUAGCGACGUAGGCGGCGACCAAGAGGCCGUGCUGAAGAGCCCAAUGAACCAGUUGUGCAACCCGUAGAGCUGCCGAGCUCCUUCCUGCAUUCUUCUUGUUCACUGCAGCACCCCCUAUAGGAACAUGUCUGCAGCGCAAACGCAAAAUGAUCGGGAGCAGCGUUGGGGUUGUCUGGAAUCCCUCGGCCUCAGCCAGAGGGAACUGGUCCUAGCGGAAGCACUGCAGAUGGAGUAUGACGCCCUUGCUCGCCACCGAGAGGACAAGGGUCCGGGCAGUACUCUACUAGCAGAAACCAGCAAGUCGUCCCCCUCAAGGAGUGAGCCUUCCUUGCCUAGACGUGUUCCCAGUCCUCGGAAUAAUUUGCAACAAGUUGUGUCAGGAUCUGACCCUAUGACCAACCCUGUUCAGCCCGGGGUCUCGAACCUUUCAAGAUCCAUUGGCGAAUCUCACAGCUAUAGUAAGGAACCUUGUUACAUCCUGGACAAAUGGGAAAAUGAAUUGGAGGGAACAUCACAGUUGCUAACGAAGGGACUGUCACCUCUAGAUGAGCCUCCACCGGUACCGCCCAGAAAUCCCAUCCUCCAGAAUGAUCUGUUCAUUGUCCAUCGAAACUCUGCUCCACGGGAUGUGAACAUGUUCACUCCUGAAAUGGAUCAGCCCAAGCUUUCAUCUGGAGACACUCUGAACUAUGAUAACCUUAACGACUCUCUGAGCAAGCUUAAUGCUCACAGCAACACCCUUCCACCUCAGGUUCCCCCCCGCACCUAUCUUCCAGUGCAGAAGAGCACUAGAAGCCAGCGAAGAGUGUCAGUUGAACCGGUGUCUCUGGGGUCCAAGCCUAAUGGCUUUGGCUAUGAGCUGUUUCAGGUAUCUGAAGAGAGGGAUGAGGAGGUGGCUGCCUUUUGUCAUGUUCUUGACUUGCUGCGAUCGGCAUGCCCAUACAAUGAUUGCUCGAAAAAUGCAGGCUUUGUGUGGAGCCCAUGUGUUGCACUGGAGGAACUUCAGCAAGGACUAGGGGUCAGCAUCAAGGUCACCGUUUACAGCGACCACUUCAGAGAGCCGCUCACUUUUUCUUGUGAUGGAUCCUCCACCAUAGACCUGCUGAUCUAUCAGACUCUCUGCUAUGCCCACGAUGACUUGGAUAUGAUUGAUGUGGACGAUUACCUGCUGAAAAUCUGCGGUCAUGCAGAGUUCCUCAAAAACAAUCAGGCUCUGGCAAGCUUCGAGUACAUCCAGCAGUGUUUGAAGUUCGACUGGGACAUUCGACUCGUUCUAACCAAAAGGAGUUCCGUCAACAUGGAGCUCAUUAGAACGAUGGAGGAUGAUGAGACUCCAUCCUCCAUGAACCACUGCAUUCUUUUGCAAGAGAGGCCAAUCAAACAGACUGUGACUAGGGAGGCAUUGACUUUACUCCUGGACACCUUUCAUAAUGAGGCAGAGUCCUUCCUUUUAUCGGAGGUGGAGUUGCUGUUGCAUGUGGAGCGGUUAGUGCAGUCAGUGAAGGCCCUGUGCAGCUCUCUAGCAGCUGUUGAAACACCUGACAUCACUGCUGCCCUUAACCAGCUGCCAGUGUGCCCCUGCAGACUACAGCCUAAAGUGCAGAAGGAUGUCAGUGUCUUGACAAAGAAAGAAAAUAAAGCGAAAAUAGUUGAGAAGUUGACUGCAGCCAUCUUGGAUCUUGUGGAGCUGUAUUGUAGCACAUUCAAUGCUAAUUUUCACACCAUGCCACACAGCAGCAGAGCCACAGCCCCCAUACAGGAAGCUGGAAUGUUCACCAACAUCCUUUCCUUUAGCGUGUACGCGGCUCAUCGCAUCCCCAUCACAUGGGCUGCCAGCUAUGAAAAUUUCUUCCUGUCCUGUUCGCUCACCCAUGGGGGGGUGGAGCUCUGUGCCCCCCAGCACACCAGUAAACAGUCAGUCAGCAAAUAUCUGUUCCACUUGGUGGUUUGGGAACAGAGAGUUUGCUUCCCUGUUCAGAUCAACCAGUUGCCAAGGGAGUCACAGCUGAACGCGACUCUAUACGCCACCCCUUUGCCACCCCCUGGCGGGGUGGAGGAGAAGAGCAAGCAGAAACGCAGUAUAGAAGCUCUCGGCUGGGUCACCAUGCCCCUAUUCAGCUUUAGACAUGUUCUGACCUGUGGGAGGAAGCUUCUGGGUCUCUGGCCUUCAACUCCAGGCAGUGGAAAUGCUCGGUCCAGUACGCCCAACUUUAGCCAGCCAGACAGCGUCAUCCUACAGGUGGACUUUCCCACUUCUUCAUUCGAAAUACACUUCAGCACCCCUGCUCCUGCAGAGUUUAGUCCGCAGUACGAGUUCUCCCGCCUGGACCAGGUCAGCCAGAGACAGCUGCAUGAUGUCCUGCACAAGAAGUCUGUUUUCUGGUUGAGUCCAGAGGACAAGCGUCUGCUCUGGGAGAAGCGUUAUUUCUGCCAUGUGGAGGCCGCUGGUCGACUGCCGCUGGUCCUGGCCAGCGCGCCCAGCUGGGAGUGGGCAUGUCUGCCUGACAUCUACGCCCUGCUUCGCCAGUGGGGAUGCAUGAACCACCUGGACACCCUAGGCCUGCUGAAUGCCACGUUUCCAGAUCAGGAGUGCAGGCGCACAGCUGUACAGUGGAUGGACUCCAUCUCAGAUCCUGAGCUUUUGGACUUCCUUCCUCAGUUAGUGCAGGCUUUGAAGUAUGAGUGCUAUCUGGACAGUCACCUAGUGCGGUUUCUGCUGAGAAGGGCUAUCGGUGAUGUGCGCAUCGCUCACUACCUCUUCUGGUUGCUGAAAGAUACUCUUCAGGACUCUCAGUUCAGUGUGAGGUAUCAGUACCUGCUGGCUGCUCUGCUCUGCUGCUCUGGUCGUAGUUUGAGGGAGGAGUUUGAUCGGCAGUGCUGGGUGGUCAACAUUCUGGCUAAAGUGGCCCAGCGGGUCAGAGAUGCCUCUCCUUCAUCUAGACAGGCUAUUCUCCGUGAGGGUCUGGAGGAGGUCAGUCAGUUCUUCUCUAUGAACAGAAGCUGUCGACUUCCCCUCAACCCAGGUCUGCUCGUCAAGGGCAUCAACAUACAGUCUUGCUCCUACUUCAACUCGAAUGCAGUUCCUCUCAAGCUCUCCUUCCAGAACUUGGAUCCUCUGGGAGACAACAUCAACGUCAUUUUUAAAUCUGGAGAUGAUCUGAGGCAGGACAUGCUGACUUUGCAGAUCAUCCGGAUCAUGAAUAAGAUCUGGAUCCAAGAGGGGCUGGACAUGAGGAUGGUCAUCUUCCGUUGCUUUUCUACUGGACGUGGUAAAGGCAUGGUAGAGAUGAUUCCCAAUGCUGAAACCUUGAGGAAGAUCCAGGUUGAACAUGGAGUGACUGGUUCCUUCAAGGACCGGCCACUGGCAGACUGGCUGCAGAAACACAACCCCACUGAGGAAGAGUAUGAAAAGGCUGUGGAAAACUUUAUCUAUUCCUGUGCUGGUUGUUGUGUGGCUACUCACAUUCUGGGCAUCUGCGAUCGGCACAACGACAACAUCAUGCUGAAAACCAGCGGACACAUGUUCCACAUUGACUUCGGCAAGUUCCUGGGCCAUGCACAGAUGUUUGGCAACAUCAAACGAGACCGUGCUCCUUUUGUGUUUACGUCCGACAUGGCAUAUGUCAUCAAUGGAGGUGAUAAGCCAUCAAGCCGUUUCCAUGACUUUGUGGACUUGUGUUGUGAAGCCUACAAUCUCAUCAGGAAACACGCACAUCUCUUUCUCAACCUGCUCGGCCUGAUGCUGUCCAGUGGUAUUCCAGAGUUGUCUGAUGUGGAUGAUUUAAAAUAUGUUUAUGAUGCUCUACGACCACAUGAGUCUGAACCAGAUGCCACCAUGCACUUCACCAGGCUAAUUGAGUCCAGUCUUGGGAGUAUGGCCACAAAGCUCAACUUCUUCAUUCACAACUUGGCACAAAUGAAGUUUGCAUCCUCUGAGGAGCGCCCCGUUUUGUCAUUUGCGCCACGUGUCUACACCCUGAAGACUGAUGGCCCAAUUCACAGCCUGUUUGUUUGCAGACACUUUAAAACAUACACCCCAAGCAAGGGCUACUCUUAUGUUGUAAAAGUAGACAGAGAAGGUCAACAGGGAGCAACAUUAGUCCAGAGAACCUUUGAGGAGUUCCAUGAACUUCACAGUAAACUACAGCUCAUUGUCCCUUCGUCAAAACUACCCAGCUUUCCCAGCCGCUUUGUGAUUGGUCGGUCUCGAGGGGAGGCCCUGGCAGACAGAAGGAAAGAGGCACUAAAUGGAUAUGUUUGGCAUUUGAUCCAUGCUGCUCCAGAGGUGGCACAGUGUGAUCUCAUCUACACCUUCUUUCACCCUCUACCAAGAGACGAACGGACAGGAAGUGUAGGAACUGUUGUAAAUGCACUCCAAAAUAAGCAAACAGAUGUUUCUUGGGCUCCUGUGCCUGGCAAGGUGGCAGGUGAAGUGAAGCUCUCGAUUUUGUACAAGAGUGACAAGAUCUUCGUUAUGGUGAUGCACAUCAGAGGCUUGCAAGCUUUGCAGGAUGGAACAGAUCCUGAUCCCUACGUCAAACUGUACCUCCUCCCUGACCCCCAGAAAACCAGCAAGAGGAAGACCAAGGCAGCCCGUCGCACAUGCAACCCCACUUACAAUGAAAUGCUGGUCUAUGAUCGAGUACCACGCGGUGACUUGCAGCAGAGGACCAUUCACCUGCGAGUACUAAAUGAGGGCGCAUUCUGGGAGAACACCCUGUUGGGUGAAACCAUCAUCCACUUGAAGGACCUCACACCAGGCCAUCGCUGGGUGGAUUGGCAUCAGCUGGGCACUAGAGGCUCCGACAUAAACCGCUAACAGAGAAUACCUGAGACUGGCAUGCGCUUGUUUGGAUGCCCAUUUUGUGUGCAUGUGUUUGUGUCUGUCUUUGCUUAUGGGUCAGGGAGUUGGAGAUGCCCAGCUGCUCAGAAGGCUGUUUCCCCCAGUGGGGGUGUUUUGUUGUUGAUUCUCCUACCCAGGAGAUGCGUAGAUUCGGUGAUGGAGUGUCAUCACUUGAUACAGUUCUGGUGGGGUACCGUGCACCAUGUGAACCAGACCUUGUUUGAAAGAAAGCAGUUCUUGGUAACACUAUGGGACAAAGACCAUUUGUUGACACAAGGAUUGGCAGUGAUCAUGAAAUGACAUUUAAAGAUGAAACUUCCGUACACCAGAUUUUUGGGGUGCUAUCUGGAAAUUUGUUUAAAGUUUGCUGUCCACAUCUAUGACAUUUUAAAGCCCCAUUUUGUCUUCUUGAGAGUGCAAAUUUAAGUUAUUUUCUUUUAAAGAUUUUUCUCUAUUGCAGCUCAAUUUGUGAGCCAUGUUGUGUCUUGUGACAUUAGUUCUAUCGCUUUGUAUCAGAUUUUGCAAAAGUUUACCUAGAAAUUAAGUGUGGGGCCGCGUUUGUACUGUAAAGCCAGUAAAUUUGCUUGCCUGUGGCAGGGAUUUAUCUGAUCACCGGAAAAAGGGAACAAUGCUUAAUCUGACUUCAAAAACGAAUUUGAAACUUGCUUAAUAUAAACACUGCAGUGGAAAUAACACAAACAGUUGUACAAUUAUUUUGAAAUUAUAGUUUGCUUCUUUACUUACCAAUAUAACUAUGGUUUUGAGGAGACUAAAGAAACAAAGAUUGAUAUUUUUUUUUUAAGAUUGAUAGUCUAAAUCUAGGCCUAAAUUGUAUUUUGUCAUCAGCAGAGUGAAUGUAGUGCCUCACUAAAAAAAUUCUAAUAAGUUUAAAAUGUAUGCAUUUCAAUUUCAUAACAAAAUUCUACCAAAUUAGCAGCCAAUAGUCUUUAAUAAUAAUACAAAAUAAAAUACAAAUCUUUAAUUUAUUAAUUUCAUUUUGUUCACUAUUACACAGUUA